AUGGAGAGCGCGACAGCAUCCCCCGAAGCCGAGUCGUCGCGUCGUCGAUCCGGACGCGUCGUGCGAGCCCCCGAAAAGUUCAGCCCCGAACCAGUCACCGCUCCCAAGCGCAAGAGAGGCCCGGAACACGAUGAGGACGAUGAAGGGAACGAAGACGACGAACCCGAGACGGAUGCCACGAUGAGCGACGCCGACGAAAGUGGUGACGACCGCCCUCGCGCCAGGCCCAAGAAGCGAUCGGGCGCAUCGCAAGGGAAUCGCGUGAAGAAGCCCGCCACCAAGAAACCAAAGACGAACGGGGUUGCUCCGUCUGGCCAUUCUGCCAGUCUGCCAUCUCGCCCGAAAAAGACGGUGAGGAUUGCUGCCGCCGACAAGCAGGGGGAGGGCCUUUACUCCGAUGUUUUUGCCUCGGGUUUGCCCUUAGAUGAGGUUGCCGACAAAUGGCAGACUAGAUACCAAGCCAACGAUGCUCUUGCCAUCGUCGAACUUGUCAAUCUUGUCUUGCAAUGUUCGGGCUGCGAUCUCGAGAUCACCGAAGACGACGUCCGCGACCCCGAUAAUUGUCAAGCUCGCCUGACCGAGCUUCAGGAUCUGUUCCAAGAGGAGCAAGUCACUGAGUACCCCCUCAUUUCCAGGGCGAAGAACACCAAAGCUUUCCGCGACCUCCUGACCGGGUUUUUCAGGAGUGUCGUACGUAGCGUUCACGAGACUGACAUACUGUACAACGACGCGACCUUGAUGGAAAAUCUUGUUCGCUGGAUAGCAUCCAUGUCGACUUCCUCACUCCGUCCGUUCCGACACACAGCAACCACUGUUAUUCUCUCCCUAGUGCACGGCUUGAUUGACGUCGCAAACACCCUUGAUUCUCGGAUUACUGCGAUCGAGCAGCAGAUCAAUCAAGCCAAGAGAGGCAAGAACAAGGCGAAGCUAGCGGAAAUGCAGCGCAAUCUCGAUGAGGCCAACAACAACAGAGAGCUGUGUGGCCAUCACAUCAAGGACUUUUUCGACACCACCUUUAUUCACAGAUACCGAGAUAUCGACCCGCGUAUCCGGACAGAGUGUGUCGAGGCCUUGGGAUCUUGGAUCAUUGGCCAGCCGACAGUCUUCAUGCAGCCCGAGUAUCUACGUUACCUGGGUUGGAUGCUCUCGGACGUGGUCUCUUCAACCAGACAGGAAGUCCUCAGGCAACUGGCCCGUAUCUUUAGGAAGGACAUCCAGCCUCUGGGCCACUUCAUCGACCGGUUCAGACCCCGUCUUAUUGAGAUUGCCACGAAGGAUGCCGAGGUGUCUGUCCGCGUCACGGCAAUCUCUGUUAUCAACGUCCUACGGGAUGCAGGGAUGUUGGAGCCAGACGAAGUUGACUCGAUUGGCAAGCUCAUUUUUGACAGCGACUCCAGGAUUAGGAAAGCAGUCGUCAACUUCUUUGUCUCGUGCGUCGAGGAUUCCAUCGAGAGCAAGAUGGAAGAGCUCGGCGGCCAGGAUGCACUGGACGAGCUUUUUGGCGAAAUCGAGGACGACGACUAUGACUCACCCCGCAGCACAUGGGUCAACAUCAAGUGCCUAGCGGAGAAUCUUGCAGCGUUCGAUGCGCAGGUUGAGGGCGAGCAGCAGGACACCAACCCUCACGGUCUUGCCGUUGCUGCUGAUGUCACGCAGGCGAGCGUUCCUGACACUCGCAUAUCGCUCGCCUCCCAAGCUCUUUUCGAAAAGGUACCCUAUGUCAAGGAGUGGGAGGUGCUAGCAGGAUUUCUGCUUUACGACCACACUGUCAGUUCCAAGUCCAGGUCCAAGUCGAAUGCCGCCUCCACCGAGAUUGCUUUUAAGAAAGCCGUCGGGCCCGAGGGGUCAGAGGAGGCUAUCCUCUUGGAAGUCCUGGCCUCGGCGGUCAAGAUGUCGAUGCUCCAAACCACGGAGAUUGAGAAGAACAAGAAGAAAAGCGGUCGCCCGGAGGUCACUGAGGCCCAGGAAGAGACAGCUCUGGAGCUGGCAACCGUGAUCCCGCAACUUCUCAAUAAGUUUGGAGCUGAUCCUGCCACCGCCACCAUAGUCUUGCGGAUGGAGCACUUUUUGGACUUGGAGGUUUUCCAGGCAUUACGACAAGAUUCGACCAAGUAUGAGAAGUUACUGGACGAGAUCAGCACGCAGUUCAACAGGCAUGAUGAUAAGAGGGUUGUUUCCGAAGCUGCCGCUGCUCUCCUCCAUUCUCGGCAGUAUGACGAGCUUGAGGAGCUGACUGAUGGACGGCUCGCAGUUCUUUGGGAGAACGUCAUCAACACGCUGCGAAGUUUUGACAAAACGUGCGAGCUCACCCUCCGCGGCAACCUGGAAGAGGAGCAUUUAAUUGCGCUCUCUACCGUGCUCAUGAAGAUCAGUGAGCUUGCUCGCAUCUCCGAUUGCGCUGAAGUCCUCGAAACUGAAGGUCGUGCGGCUGAAUCCAUGUCGUCUACCAUCGACAUCCUGGUUAACAUCGUCCGCCGGGGCACUUUCAAUGAGCCGAGCGAUGUCGAUGACUUGGAAGAUGAGGUCACGUCCUUCGCCAUCAAGGGCAUCCAGUUCUACUUCAUGUGGAAGGUGCGGAGCUUUCAGAAGUCUAUUCAAAGCGAGAUCGAAAUACCCGAUUCUGCUAUAGACCAACUCGCCGUCCUGCGCAAAAAGUACGACACCGGACUGAUCAAGACUUUAUCGUCGCGCGCUAUCAUCGACGAGAUUCGUAUUUUCGCGACUGGCGCUCUUUGUGACAUCCAUGUCCUCUUCGGCUCCUUGCGAAACUGGACCGAAGAGUCUCGUGGGAACGCCAACUACAGGAAGCUCACGAGGCUGGCACAUGAGCUCGAGCCCAAGCUCUUGCCUGAACUCAUCUCCAUUUACGAUGGUGUCGAGCGAAGCUUUGCCAAGCGAACGAAGAAGAUCCUUAACGAGCCGGCUGAGGACGAAGAACCCAUGGACGACGACGAUUCCGACGAAGAGGAGGACGAAGAUGAGGGCCUUAGUCAAGAGGAGAAGCUCGCCAUUGAGCUUAAGUCUGAAAAGGCCCUCUGUGAGCUGGCUGCCAAGUUCGUGCUCGCCAUCGUUCAAAAGGUCUUGGACCAAACAGGGCCCUACGCCGGAAAGCUUCGAAAGCGUCUUCUUCGAAAUCAGGGCAGGCUUGGCAAAAAUUUCGCCGAAGUGGUCGCUUACCUCGAUCCGUCCAAGGUCCGGGAGCAUUUGUAUGGCAAGAAGCAGGCAGCACAAAGGGCGAAGACGUCGGCCAAGCCAGCCGCUGCGAAGCCCAUGCGCAGCGAGGAGAUUGUUGUCGACGACGACGAUGAUGACGAAGAGGAAGACAUUUUUGCGGAAGCCGAACCUGAGCCGGAAGAGGGAUCCAAGGAAGACCUCCGGCGGCGAGAAUUGCUGGAGGAGGAAGAAGAAGAGGAGCCCGACGUGGAAGAGGUUAUUGCCAAUAAUGAUGCAGACGACGACGACGUAUUGGGCGACUGA